AUGCACCAUGGGGACUUGGAAGGGGUCCUGGAGCAGAAAAAGGACAUUAGCCGGGAACUGGGGAAAUCCCGACGGUCUGGGGAUGAGCUUGGUUGUGCUGAGCUGCAGUCCGGGCUCACCCCAGCCACUGGACACUUAGGCACGUCCAGCGUAGCUACAGCUACCGGGACCGGUGUGUGUGUGGGUGGGGGCCUCCAUGGGGGCAUGUGUUACUCUGAGGCUGUGACCAUGUUCCCCUUGUCCAGAGACGUCCAGCAUGGGUGCGGUUCUGGCUACCCCCCAAUCCCUGUGAUCCCCAAGGAGGAAGUGGUGAUGCCUGGCCCUGCCGUGGACUCCGCCCUCGCCCUUCUCCUACUGGCCAUGCUGCUGGGCAGUGCAUCCCAGGCAGCUGAGGUCGUGGGUGGGCGGGCUUCGGAGCCCCACUCCAGGCCCUACAUGGUGUCACUGCAGCUGGGGGGGGUCCCCCGUGCCCACUUCUGUGGAGGCACUUUAAUCCACCCGAGAUUCGUGCUGACGGCAGCCCACUGGCUGCAGAACACAUGAGUGAGCAUGGUGCUGGAGGCCCAUGACCUGCAGACCCUCGAGCCUACCCAACAGCGGUUCAUGGUCUUGCGUCUGUUUGAGAACAACUACAACCCAGAGGAGAAGCUCAACGAGGUACUCCUUCUGCAGCUGGACCUCCUGGCCGUUCUCAACGCCCAGGUGGCGGUGGCCCCACUGCCACGACAGGACCAGCCUCUGCCCCAUGGUAUACAGUGCCUGGCCACGGGCUGGGGCCACUGGAGCACCCACAUGCCAGUGCCCCGGGUCCUGCAGGAGCUGAACGUCACUGUGGUCACCUUCCUGUGCCGGCCACACAACAUCUGCACAAUCGUACCCUGCCGCAGUGCCAGCAUCUGCUUCGGUGACUGGCUGUCCCCUCCACCUCCAGGGGGACUCCGGAGGCCCCGUGAUCUGAUUCGGGAAUGUGCUACCCAGCAGUACCCUGACUUUUUCGCCCGGGUCUCCCUCUACGUGGACUGGAUCUGCCCCGUGCUGGCUGAACAGAGUGGGAGCGAGGGUGGCUCCUGA